AUUGACUUCCAGCGGUCUUCAUAUAAUCGACGUUGCUCACUGCAUCUUCUCACUCAACUUCGCCUGCUUUUUCGUGCUUUUUUGACAUAGAAGUCUAAUUCCCUUCCGAUCCUCCCUCUCCCCUCGAGUGAAAGAAGCCUUCCAGUCUCGCUGCUAUGCCAGAAGACCAGCAGGCUGAGCCAAAAAAGCACGCAGCGUGCGAUGAGUGCCCAGCUAAUCGUUAAUCCUGUCGCCAGGCGCCAGGAAGUUGAAGUGCUCCGGGGACGCUCCCAGCUGUCAAAGAUGUCAAACUGAACGGCUUUUGUGUGUCUAUUCUCUCCGCAAAAAGAUGGGUCGGCCCAGAAAACGACCCAGAGAAGAAAACGAUACGACUGUUACCAGUGCCGACGCAAAUGCUGCGAACGGGAUCAACUUUAAUGAUACCAGCGGAGAAUUGACUUAUGACUUCAAUUCCCUCACACCCGAGCUAAUCUCUGGCCUUCCUGGGACGGGAAUGCCUUUGAGUAUGGCAUCAUCCAUUCCUCUCGACUUUUUUAAACCUCAUCAGGAAGCGUCCUUAUCCUGGCUUGAUCCUCUGUUGCAGAAUGUCGGCACAGAUCAGCCGGACCAAGAAUUUCGCGCUCACAUUCCAGAUGCAAGUGUGGCCUCAAAUCGUAGCCCGGAAGCAUCUUCUUCGUCCUUUACCACAUCGGCCUCGACAAUGGUGCAAUUCAGCUCAACGCCGGGCACCUGCCUCUGCCUGCAUAACAUGUACAUGACGCUCUCAGAACUCGCCGCCACAAAGGACUGGAGCUUCCCCUACUCAGUUCAUAAGCUUAAAUUGAGCCUCCAAACUGCAAACUCCGUACUCAAGUGCCUCAUCUGUCCGCUCGAACCCACCUCUGCAAUGCAGAACCUUAUGACGCUAUCUACGGUACUAACGACAAUCACGGAUUGUUAUCGUAAGAUUUUAACUAGUAUUGACGCUGAAGUGAAAUCCGCGGAAGAAGAGGGCAGAAGUAUGAUGUAUCGGAUGGGCGACUCAAAUCCGGAACGGUGGCAUUUACACACAGGUACUGCCGAUUGUCCCAUGGGUGUCAACAUCGAUCUCGCCCCAAGUGAAUACAAGAUGCUGUCGCGAAAGGUUAUCAGCACAGAUGUGUUAGGUAGUGCCAGAGCUAGUGCGCACCGGUCCAGCCAACUCCAGCAACAAAAUAGUGACACAAUAAGCGUGCUCGGCCUAGUUCAGCGAUUGGAACAUCGACAACGUGAAUGGCAUAAGAGCGCUGCAGCAGCGGAGCUGCAAGUACAUUAUGCAAGGUCAGGAAUGGAGUGUAGGCCAGAGGAAGGCGAUUAUAUGUGCUUGAAGCUCGUUGGGACCAUUCGGAGACGUAUCGAGACGCUCGGUCUGUAAAUCAGGGCUGAACUGAUCGGAUCCAUAACGCUGCUGCAGAAAGAUCUUCCUUUUCAAAGAUAGAGGAAGGCCUUCGGAAAAUGGCAAAUAUUCUGUCAACGAGCUUAUGACCUGCGUGAAUAAGCUUGUAUGGAUGGCAUGAUCUCAGGGACGCCUACUUUUUCCCAGCUCAACACCGACCGCAUUGUUUUGAUAGCGCUUGACAAAACUUCCGUGCAAAUUUAGAGGCACUGGUCAACGAUCCUUGCGGAAAAUCUCUUCGCAAACAUGA